AUGCCCGGGUCCAACCUAUGUUACAUAGAUUCAGAAGCCACCACACGCAUCAUUUCUUGGGACUGGUCAGUCUAUGAACUAGUCACGAAAUUCCGAUUCAGCACUUUAAUAGGACCAAGGAGAGUUAUCUUCAAUGCCAAAGGCGACUCAAUCGCUUUCGUUCCUGAAGUUUCUUUAAUUCGUGACUCGCGCAUUGAAUUUGGGAACAGCGAGGCAAAUUCAUCGUCCCAAACUCUUUAUUUCGACACUGCCAGCCACUCAGAGUUGAUGUUGUCUCCCGAAAACGCCCUGCUCCUGUCCUGGUAUGUCGAUAAAACCGUGUCUCUAUGGGAUCUCAAUAAUUGGAAAGCGAAAGUCGAUUUGUCCUCACAUAGCCAUCGUAUUGAUAAUAUACGGGUUGGACCUAAGAGCGCUAUUGUUACUUUCUGCUAUGCAGAAGUUGGAGUAUGGAGCCCUAGUGGGGAGAAUUCGGGAGAGAUGAUCCCAGGACCACAGCGUGGGUCACUCUUGGCAGUGGAUGGGGACUUUCUCGCGGUCGUGCAAGAUCCAGUUGAACAGCAGCGUUACGGAAAGAUCGACAUUUGGAACCUAAGAGCACUUGAGUUGGCACAAACUCUGCCUGAAAUCCCUGCAUUGGGGAAAGUUGCGCUAAGCUCUACUGGAGGCUUUGUAGUGUUUGGUGGUGUGCCUGAGCCGCAUGAACAAUCAAUCAUGUUUAGAAACGAUAAAUCGCUUUUGGGGUGGAAAUGA